GGGCGGGGGCCGGCACUGGACGCGGGCCGGCGGCCGGGACAGGAACAGGGAUAGGGGCAGGGGCAGGAUGAGCGGGUCGUUGCGUGCGGCCCUGCGCCUGGGCGCCUGGGCAGCGCGGGGCCGACCCGGGCGGCGGCACCUGAGCGAGGCGGCCGCCGGCAGCGCUGGAGGCAGCGGUGGGGCCGACGGCGGAGGCGGCGGAGGCGGCGGCUCGGGGUCGCGGGAAGCGGUGGAACGACUGGUGCGGGAGCACCCGGUGGUGGUGUUUAUGAAGGGCAGCCCGGCGCAGCCCCUCUGCGGCUUCAGCAACGCCGUCGUGCAGAUCCUGCGGCUGCACGGCGUGGAGGACUACCGCGCCCACGACGUCCUGCAGGACCCCGACCUCCGGCAAGGAAUAAAAAACUACUCCAACUGGCCUACCAUCCCACAAGUAUACCUCAAUGGUGAAUUCGUUGGUGGCUGUGAUAUACUCCUCCAGAUGCAUCAGAAUGGAGAUCUCGUAGAAGAGUUAAAGAAAUUAGGAAUCCGCUCAGCACUUCUGGAUGCAGAAAAAGACCAAGAAAAAAAGUAAAAUGAGGAAAAGAAAAAGAUGCCGUGAUGGGAAGAGAGGAAAAUCUUUGAUAAGAACUUGUAACCAGUAAAGCCUUACGUACUUCAGUUCAAAGAAGGCAUCUUUUUAAACUGACACUAAGAUUUAUCAGUGGAUGUCUGUUAGCUCAUGGUAAAUGUAGUGAUCUCAGUAUUUUGAUUUAUGGAUAUUGUGAAAAGUUGAGUAUAACCACUGUACUGUAAAGAAUAUACUUGUGGAAAUUGUUUUAAAAAAAGUAAAAAAAAAAAAAGUUCACUUCUAAAAGCAUUCUUUUGAUUGAGGCAGGAGUAAACCAAAAGAACUGAUAAUGUUAUUUUUAUUGAUUUUGAGUGUUUCUUUGUUCUUUGUUACAUGAACCCAUACAAACAGUGUGUUCCCUUGCUCUUCUUGAAAAAGUGCUAAGUAGUGCUAGUGCAUCUGGGUUUUUUUUUUAUAACUGCUAUUGAUAAGAAUUCCCAAGAGCCUGUAAAGUUUCUACUAUCUCAUAUGAUAUAAGAGAAAAUGGUCUUCAAACAAUACAUAAGAAAAUAUGGUAUGAGAGUGCAUGAAGUACACUUUUAUUCCAAAGGGUAAAAAUAAACACACUAGUACAAAUACACGUAUAAUGGUCAUUAUUACUUGGUGUAUUCCUGUUAGCUUUUAAAGGACUGCUUUGAAUUGUGCCUAAAGAUUUUAUAAAAUCUUUUCUACCUCUUGCAAAGUGGCUUUUCCCCCUGUUUAUAUACUUUGUGUAUUGCAGUUUCUGUGUCAGUUCUAGAAUGUGGGAAUUAUUUAAGGCUUUAGUAUUCUAGCUUGCAGUAGUACAGGAGAAUACUUCAGUAAUUACUGUAUUGUUUGCUAGUUACUAAGUUGUCUUUUUAGAUCUGCUGUGUUUCCAAGUGUUGUCACUUGGAACUGCUAUGGUUCCUGGAGUAUUGGUCUUCAAAAGUGGGUUAAAGAGAUUAAAUGUUUCAUUGGAGAUAAGAUACAAAGUGCAGCAGAAGGGCUACUAAAAAUAGCCAAAGCGUUCCUUUGUUGGAAGCUCUCUGAAGUCUUCAAGUAACUAUCUAACCAUGUUUUCCCAAGUGAAAAUAAACAAACUUCGCUUCACCUGUACAGUAAUACUGCUAAGGAUAAAAGCUAACCAAGCUGUUUUUAUAUGCCAUUUACUUUUAUUAAUGCAGACCAGUGAAUGGUAUGCAUGUGAGCUAAGCAAGUGAUUGGAAAUAGUGUUUUAUGUAGAUUGUCUGCAAUAGUUCCUUUUUAUUUUAAAUUACUAUAAUGAAACUGAUACUGCUUUUAAUGUGGAAUCUAAAAUGUGAGUAAAGGGGAAAAAAAAAAAACCCUCACUGGAAGGGGAACUCAGGACUGUAACUGGCAAAUGUGGGUUUUGGUGCAAGUUUCAAUUUUAUCUCUUUAAUGUUCACCAGAGCAAGCUGUCUAGUAGAGAAACUAUAUCCCUGUACAGCCUGAACAGAAUUUGCAAAAUGUGUGCUGAUUACAGUAAGUUUAUUGUAUAGUUUACUGUAUAGUUCAAACGCAGUCAGUGUCUUGAUGCUUAAAUAGCAUCUCGGCUUAAAAAGCUGCUCAGCUUCACUACCAGAAGUAACUUUAGAAUAAUCACCAAUUAUGAAUAAGCUAUGCUCAGAGGCAGUCAGUUGUGAUUGUUAAUUGUGUAUGUAUGAGUGCAUUUUUUUCGUUCAUACACCAUAUCACAUGAAAUGCAAAGCUCUAGUUCAGUUUAACUUCUCCUGAAAUUCUGAUUAAAUGACUUUUCUUACAGCUAAUCUUCCAUGAGUGGUUUCUGCCAUUCUAAAUGUAAGAUGAGGUUUGGAAAAAUAAAUAAAUUUCAAAAACUUGUCAGUUAUUCAUGUCCAAAGACCAACUGAAAUGGAUGUAUAUUUUAAACAAAGAAUAAGAUUACUUGAAGAAAAGACAACUAUUUUCUACUUCAGUGUUUAAUUCUUAGACUAGCUACUAAGUCUACUUAAAAAAAAAAAAAAAACAGACACAAAAACAGAUGACAGCAUCCCAAAUCUGUUAUUUCAUGGAGCUGUAUUCUUUAUUCUUUUGUGAAUGUUGAAUGUAUUUCAAUAUUAUCUGCUGCUACUUUAACAUAAAGGUGAUUUGAGCAUUGUCA